CUCUAUAACUUCUCACGGCAGUCCGUUGAUCGUCCGCAUUUUCGUCUCCCUACCUUUGGUCGAAGUACAUGUCACAAAACAGCCUUAUCUCGUCCUCACACUCUGACUAAGACUACCACAACUGCUGCCGUCACAAUCAGCUCUGUCAUCCUAGACACUACUCGUGCCUCUGUCCCUCCUAAUUGCACCGACAGAGCUAAAUCCGAUUCACAUCCUGCAGUCAGCGUCGACUCUAGCCCCACGAGUUUUGGCAGAGGCCGACAGCUUCUUGGUCUUUUCUCAGAUCAAUCCAAACCUCCUCCUGGUCCUGUGGAUCCCUUUCAACUGGCAGCCCGGUUGGUUGGAAUAUGUGCCCCCUUGAUAAUGGAUGCACAACCAAAUGGCCUACCGGGAGUGUAUGAAUUGAUUGUUGAGGUACGUGCUUAUUAUCUUUGUUGA